CUUGCAGCUGCUCACAUUUCGAGGGAAAUUGUGCUGCCAAGGCUGACCAUUAUCCUGGGCUUGCAGCAUCAGGGUGAUGGACUCUGCCCUGGAUGACCUUGAGCCAUCGCACUGCAGUGUGCUCUUUACGUACGCUGUGGGCCUGUCCCUCGUGGCUGCUGCUGUCUGCCUUCUGCUGUGGAAUGAGCACAGGGCUGGUGCUCUAUCCAAGGCACUUGACCAAGCCUUGGAGCAAGUUGUGCACAUUGAGGAGGGCCAGUCGGUGCCAACAAACUCGACACGCCUCAUUCACAUCACAGGGCAGCUCUCGUCAAGGCAGGUUGCAAUUGACGAGGCAUAUAAUGUCUCUGUUGCGGCUGUGAAACUGCGACGCCUGGUGGAGAUGUACCAGUGGGUCGAGAAGAGCACAUACAGGAAGUACGGUGAUUCAGACGGCAUCAGUAUGGAGAAGGAUUAUGCUUACGAGCUUGACUGGAGAUCUGACUGCACACCCUUCACAAAGGUGUCCUGUGUGAGCCCAAUGAGGUCCUCUGUGGACUUUGUGCUGUCUGAAGUCUACCUGGGCCAGCUACAGCUCUCGGACAGUUUGAUUUCCAUGAUUGAUAACUUCCACCCUCUGGAUGCUGUAAUCACUGAACAAGGCACCAAGAACUUUGUGUACCUGACCGGAUCUGGUGGAACACCCGAGAAGCCAAAGGUUGGCGACAUGCGAAUCUCGUUUUUUGUGGCCGGUAUUCUUGGCCCCCAAGGUGACAAGGUAUCCAUAGUGUCCGAGUGUGAUGGCCACCACUUGCAUCCCUUCAAGUCAACAGCUGGGGUAUCUGUGGAGUUGCUCGAGUUUGGGGACGUGACUGCCAAAGUGAUGUUCAAGCAGGCAUAUGCAGACAACGGUCUGUCCACAUUCCUCUUCCGCAGCAUCGCCUGGUUUGUCUCCUUCAUGGGAUUCUCUCUGCUCUCACCAGUACUCCACGUUCCCUCUGAUGCCCUACCUUGGCUGCGACUGCUGGUUCCAGCCGAAAGCUCACCAAUGGAGUUCAGCGUCUAUGCUUGGCUCAUCGUCGUACUCUUUGGCUGGGCGCUGGCAAGACCGUUGCAUGCAGUAUCAGCACUGCUUGCCUGUAUCAUUCCCUUUGUCACUACACGCAGGCUGCACCAUGAAGCUUAGUCGCUGUGCAGUGAACUGUGCUAGGAGACAUCAAGUCUUUAUCAGUGAGAGUUAGUCCUUACAUUUUACAAGUUUGAUACAACAUCAUUGCUUGUACAUGAGAUUUCAGCAGAAUCAUUUUUUGUUAACUGUGAUAACUGUGUUAACUUUUGGCAACUAUUUUGCUCGAAGGUAUGGAUCUGUGAAAAUACUUUUUUUGGGCUAGUUGGUUUGUCGUAACUUGCAAACAGUUCCGGAGAACAAGAACAGAAGAGACAGCCUUGUGGGCAUCUGUCUAUUGUGUAAUUCAUGCUCUCUGGUGCUCUUAGCACGUUAUACAUAUCUGAAAAUUCUAACAGUUUACAAUUCUUUAGCGACAAAGACCCUUAAGUUGACCGCACAUGUGAGGGGGCAAAAAGUUUCUUUUUCUUUUCAACAUUUUAUAUUUCUUAAGAACUUUUCAGAACUUAAUCACCUCUCUCUAGCAUGCAAUACACCACUGCUUCUCCCACUCAUCAGAACAGUCCAGGAACUUUCAUCAAGUUAUAGCUCGAUGCCUCCUGAAGAAUCAGCAUUAUAGGUAUGACCUGAAGACCAAGCAGCACAAUCAGGGUGUUAAAUUGCAACUGGAAACUGAACCGCAGCGUAAACAUUUUUUUCCAAGCCAACCUUAACCUGAACUGACCAUUUAGCAUUUAACCUGAACUGUUGCCAUUUUAGAGUUGAACCUGAACCAGAGCAAAACAAUUGAACCCAUUCAGAAUCGUUCAGUAGCAACCAUUCUGAAACAGUUUGGUGGGCAGUUUGUAACAUUUCGUGGGAAACUGUAUUUUCCCAGGGUGACUUGUGAUUCUAUUGAAUUCUAUUGGCCAUUGCGAAAAUAUUGAAAGGCUUGUGCUGAAGCGUACUACUUUUUGAGGGAGAAAUCAAGAACAAAAUUCUAAAAACGACCCACAAACUUCACUUCUGAGCAUGAGAUGUUGAAUUUAUUUAUUGUACACUCAAGGCUUUACAGCAUUGUAGAGGGGCUUUUCAAUAGAGUGCCACAUAUGCAUGCUAAAUAGCAUCGAGGUGUGGUUUUCAAAUGUUAUUUAGUAUGUCAAACCAAAAGUGCACAUGGUGCGAGAGAGCAAAUAGAAAAUGGCUUUGCAUUUUGAAGGGCACCCAUGUUAUGAUUGAUAGUCAAGCAACAUGUCACUGCGCUGGACAAGAAAAGAAUUUGUCAAUUCAUUUUUAAGCUCAUAGCUCUUUCUCAGAAAGUGGUUUUUUCUUGGAAAGGGCUGUGUCUGUCGUCUACAUUAUACUCAUUUGCAAAUUAUUCAAUUCCCUUCAACAUGCAACAAACAGCCCAGUUCAACACACUCCUGUGUUUCAAGACAUUGUGACUGUUUUACCCAAAGGAAACAGAAUUUGUAUUUGGUACACAUUCCGCAUCCGCCAUUGCUAUACUGACAAAGUUUCUGACAUACGAUCAAGUUAAAAAAUGCACUUGUUCUCAAAUGUUGCUACUUGGCCAACUGAUGCAGAGUGCAAUGGUUGCAAACAAUGGCACUAAUGCCCUCUCCUCACCUAGCAGCAAAGCCAAGAAAAUCUAAAUAUGAAAUUGCAGGCCAUGUUGGAGGAAUGCUUGCUCUCUUGUUCAGUUGUCCUCCCUGAGUCAACUACAUUAUAAGUGCUUGUGACACAAUUCGUUGACUCAUGAAUGUUUUUUGGACCCAGCACUGAGUGCGGCCCGCAGAUGAUCUGGUUUUGAUCCUCGUGGCUUUCGAUAUUUCAUCUAUUCAUUCAUGUGCAAAAAACCUUCAUCUUGGUGACUGCUUGAGCAUGUUUAAGCAUUCUGCAGGCUCCAAUGAGGAGCUGAGGCCCGCGAGAUGCACUGGUGCAAUUUUCAAUGCGCAUGUUGCAUUUAUUGCUUUGUACAUCCUCAUUUGCAUAACAUUUUUUUUUUCUGUAAGUGAUUUUGUUAAAGAAUGAUCAUUCGUUGUGUGUGCUAUCUCAAGGAUGUACAAUGCACUUUUGAGUGUUUGAUAUAUACAUAUUAUUUUAAUGCAAAUCUUCAUUUCUUUCAAGCAAAGUCUAAGGCUAUGUCUAGUCAGCACUGUCCUCUGAGAUGCUGAGGAUGGGACCAACAUUUUCUUUAUUUACAAUUUAGAAAAUAUGAGUUGCAGUACCAUUGCAAAAGGCCCCUACUUUUUGGCAUGCAGCAGGGUUAUGGUAGUCAGCACGAGUUCAGUGCCAAAGUAGCAUUUAACAUGAUUUCUUUCCACUUUGUUAUGGCGCAGUGUUGUACAACUUCCUUUGGGAGGGGCAGCACUACGACAAGCUGCAAUGCACAUUCAUGAUGACUUUUGUUGCCACAGGCCUUUUGGCAUCACUGUUGACCUGUUUCGCCACAACUGUUAGGGUAAGGAAGCAGACAAGAAUGCUGGCUUCAGCGGGAUUUAAUAAGCCUUACUGGUCAUUUUAUGUGCACAUGGAAAACGGUAAAUAAAUGUGCAGAGUUCCCACGAGGACCACUACCAAGUGCUUCACGAAAAGCUUUUUGAUUAAAGAACCCAAUGGGAUGCUCACUCAGACAUUUUUUAAUUUCUAUGUGGCAAGACAGACUGUUGUUUUCUAUGAACGACAGACCAUUCAACCACCUAUCUUCUUGGGAAUAAAACGUCAUUAUUGGGAUUAAUGGCACCACAUCAGCUCAACCAGCAGUGGUCCUUAGCGACUUGUGCAUUGUGUGGACAACCAAGCUUCCAUGCAGAUCCUUAUAACGCUUGCGAGUUUUAAAAAUGUCUCAGUUUGUCAAAAGUU